AUGUCUACAACCACAACAAUAAUAGAUGGUAAGAACGGAUCUGUUCCCUCAUCAUCCAUGAAAGUUGGCAAGAAAUCAGUUACAGAAGACCUCGUGACAACAUUCAGCUCACCAGCAGCAUGGAUUCUUGUUGUUGCACUGAUUGUUACCUGGUCAGCGGUAGCUAUUGUAGUGUUUGACUUGGUGGAUUACAAAAACCUUGCAGGAAAGUCUGUUAACAAGCUCAGCACAGAACCACUGAGAAUCAUUCGUGAGACACUGGAAGAAUCCACUGAUUGGCUUUAUGGCUUUAUUUCUUUUCUGUCUGACAUCGUAUGGAGUGAUGAUGAUGACAGUGAUGAAGUGUCACAGAAAGACAAACUGGAAAGACAAGAAAAACCUGAAAAAAAGGAAAGACAUCCAGCUGUUCACAAAGAGAAACCUGAAAAGCCAGAAAAACAUGAAAAGAAAGCACCUGCUAAAGUAAUUCAAAAAGACAAACCUGAAAGACAUGAAAAAACUGAAAAGAAACCUCCUCCCAAAGAGGAGAAGAAAGUAAAGAGCGGUAAAGUGGAAGCAAAACAUAAAAAGGAAGUGAAGGAUGGAAAAGAAGAAGCAAAGAUGACUGAGAAGGUCAAGCAGGCAGAGACUAAAACAACAGAAGUUGGGCUAAUAAAGGCCAAACUGAAAAUUAAGGAGGAAAAAGCUCUUCAGACUGUAACUAAAUCGGAAAAGAAAGAUUAUUUUGGUGUUUACUUGAAGUACUGGAGCCUUUGA